CGCAACACAGAUGCUGCCCCAUCGUUUCACAGCCGCAGACCUCCCCGUCUUUGCCUGCCGCCGCUUUUUGCACUCUUCUCUCAGGAACGCGGCCCGUACCGAAGCCUCAUCCCCCUCCAAAUUCGACCCCGCCUCUCGCGACGAGGGCGUACCCGUCUCUUCUGGAAAAUGGACGCCCAACUCGAUACGGACAGGCGUCAUCGCCCGCAAACGCGGUAUGACCGCCCUAUGGGACGAAUACGGUGCUCGCGUACCCGUCACCGUUCUCCAGCUUGAAAACUGCCAGGUGACCCGCAACGUCGUACACGUCCGUCCCGACCGCUCCGAGUAUCACGCCGUGCAAGUUGGCGCGUCUGACCGUGCCGACCGAACGACGACGCAUCAAAUGCAAGGUCACUUUGCUGCUGCGGGUGUGCCUUGCAAGUACGCCGUGCGCGAGUUCCCAGUCACGCCCGACGCGCAUGUACCAGUCGGAACAACCCUCUCAGCAAUGCACUUUGUCCCUGGCCAGUAUGUCGACAUCAUUGCAAACUCCAUUGGAAAGGGCUUCCAGGGUACAAUGAAGCGUUGGAACUUCAAGGGUCUCCGUGCCAGUCACGGUGUUUCCGUCUCACAUCGUUCGGCUGGUUCUACCGGUCAACACCAGGACCCCGGUCGUGUGUGGCCAGGCAAGAAGAUGGCAGGUCGUCUGGGUAACGAGCGCACAACUGUCCAAAACCUGGCGGUUAUCCGCGUCGACAAGGAGCUCGAUCUUGUUUUCGUCAAGGGCGCGGUGCCAGGCGUGGAUGAUGCGCACGUGAUGGUGCGGGACGCGAAGAAGAAACAGGUCGCGCUCGGUAAACACGCGCAUGCGCGAGGAGAGUACGAGAAGGUGCUACCGCGGGGAGUGAGCGAUCUGCCGUUCCCUGCAGGGACGCGCGAGAUGGCAGAGACGAUGCCAGCUGUGGUCGAGGCGCCGCCUCGGCGUGUGACAAAUCCCUUCAUUCCAAGGGAAUAGACAGUCCUGCUUGCAACGAGCAGCUUCCCGAGGUCGAGUACUUCAUUACCAUAUAAGUUGUCGCCAUUUAGUAUAAUACAAGUCCACAGAUAGAUCUACAACGUGUAACACGUUUGGAUGUUGGUGUGAGGAUGUCGUGAGGCGGAUAUAUGUACCCUGCUGUGGCAUGCCCGAUGCAGCAUCGGGUGCCAAUCACUUGCCCUGGAGUUUGGCAUCUAUGAUGUCCUUUGUGAGGCCUUCUGUACCAUCUCUGACUUCAAUGACCUUGCUGACAUCGGCUGUUGCUUGGAAAUCGAGGAAUGCACUUGCGUGUAAGGUCAUUAAACUGAUCUCGGAAGAUGAAGGUGCCCAGUUAAUCAGAACGAGGGGGAAUGAAGUGCGGCCAUCGUCGUGCUUCAAUUCGUAUGAAAGGACAACAUAGCGAGGAGAAUUCUCCGGGAGUUCUUCUGCAAGAUCCUCGAUGGAGAUGUUGUCGAAUUGUUCAACCUCUUCCAUUGCAAGAGUGGUCUUGUUAAUCUUGAUGACAAUGGCAGCGCUGCCCUGGUUCCUCCGGGCGAAGCGAAACUUGCGGAGGGAAGCCUUGACAGCAUCGGGUAUGUCGACUGUACGGGACAUGGUUAGCUCUUGGAUGCGGG